UUUAAUCUUCUAAGAUUUUGCAGAAAAAUGGCUCAGUAUUACCACUUAUCCUCUCUUUUAUUACUUGCAUUACUCAAUUUAUUCUUCAUUUAUGGCAACAUAACUGAAGCGACUGCGCGCCACCUCCUAGAGACGCCCCUCCCUGAGAUUCCUAAACCAGAACUCCCCAAAUUCCCAGCCUUGCCAAAGCCUGAAAUCCCAACUAUGCCAAAGCCUGAGCUUCCAACCAUUCCAAAACCUGAGCUACCAACUUUCCCCAAGCCCCAGUUACCAACUUUGCCAAAGCCAAAGAUGCCUGAGAUACCCGCAAUGCCAAAACUAGAGUUUCCUCCCUUGAAAAAGUCAGAAAUUCCAGCAGUGCCAAAGACUGAGGUUCCUCCAGCUAUGAAAAAGCCUGAAGUUCCAACUUUACCAAAGCCUGAGCUACCGAAUAUGCCAAAGCCAGAAAUCCCAAAACUACCAAAGCCAAAGGUCCCAGAACUUCCAAAGCCAGAAGUACCAACUAUGUCAAAACCUGAAAUCCCAGAAUUACCAAAGCCAAAAGCCACAGAGCUUCCAAAGCUAAAAGUCCCAACAAUUCCAAAGCCUGAAGUACCAACUCUGCCAAAGUCAGAAAUCCCAGAACUACCAAAGCCAGAAAUCCCAGAACUUCCAAAGUCAAAAGUACCAACUAUGCCAAAGCCUGAAAUUCCAGAAUUACCCAAGCCAAAAGCCCCAGAACUUCCAAAGCUAAAAGUCCCAACAAUGCCUAAGCUUGAAGCACCAGCUAUGCCAAAGACUGAAAUCCCAGGACUACCAAAGCCGAAAGUCCCAGAGCUUCCAAAGCUAAAACUCCCAGAACUUCCAAAGCCAGAAGUACCAAAAAUGCCAACGCCUGAAAUCCCAGAACUACCAAAGCCAAAACUCCCUGAACUUCCAAAGCCAGAAGUACCAACUAUCCCAAAGACUGAAAUCCCCAAACUACCAAAGCCAAAAGUCCCAGAGCUUCCAAAGCUAAAAGUCCCAACUAUGCCAAAGCCUGAAAUUCCAGAACUACCUAAACCAACUCUUCCUUCACUUUCUCCACCAUACAAACCCGCUACUCCUUGAGUAAAUUAUAUGCUGCUUUUACUCUAUUUGAAAGUACCCAACUGAUGUUUUGAGAUUUCCAUCUCACUCUAUGAAGUUUGCCACAUGAGCUGCGACAUGGAGAUAGUAUUGGAUAUUUUCUGCUAGGAGCAGAAAUUUUAAUUCUUUUAUAGUAGUAUUUGAAUUGGAUGUACCGAGUUUGUUGUGUUAUUAUAGUAUUAUACUAUAUGAAUAUUUUAUGUAUUUCUAUACAUACCGUGUAAGAAAGCUUUGAUAUAUUUUACUUUGGUUUAGUUCCUGUCCAUUCUUUCCGU